AUGAAGUGCAUCCCGAAAUCCAUCAUCAGCAUCCGUACAGUGGUCCUGCUUGUCUCGAUAUGGUCAUGGCCCGCCAAAAAUGAUAUACAUCAUCGAGUCGCUGCUUCGGUUAUCAGUGCAAACAAAGCUUCAACGACCAAUUUUGAGCUCCAGACCAACUUGAUCUCUUGUACAGCUGAAGAAAAUCAUCCCAUGGGCGCCGCCACUACCACAGCAUCUUCAGCAGCAGCAGGAGUAGUAGCAGGCACAAGAUCCGAUACUACGUCCGCAAAUGGAAAAGGAAGUGGACCAAGUGCAUUGAGUGUUCCAGUUUGUUCUCCACCAGAAUCAAAGCUCUUUAGCAAUAUCAAGAUUGUCGAUGGAACACCUCGUCCUGGAGCAACCGGCAUACGGGGUCGCUUGUACGACGUCGGAAAGUUGUGUAAUGAGAAGGUCACAGACAGGAUUGAUCGUGCAUGGGUCGCAUUUCUGGACUGUGCUGGGUGCUCACUCACAACUAAGCUUGCUAAUCUUGAAGGCUCUAAUCCUCAAGCGGUCCUAAUCUACAACCAGACAUCCUGUAUCUUCCCUAGCCCGCUACCUCACUCCAUCUCUACAUCAGUUCCAAUAGCAGCAACAACAUUAGCAACAACAACAACGGCAACAGCAACAGCAACAGUGAUAGUAACGACAACAACUGCCGCCACCGUCACAGCCACGGUCGCAACCACAGGAGCACCAAUUUCAUUUUCUUCCUCAUCAACAGCAGUUGCUGCACCCGCGGUCACAACUACCACCACACAGGGUUCUCCUGUUGCAACCUCAACACAACCCCCCGGCAAUGGUAAUAAUAAUGGGGGUAAAGAAGGUGGUGGUAAUAGUGACUCUAACGGCGGUAGUGGAAGCGGUGGUGAAGGCGAUAAAGGAGGAGAUGGCAGCGAAGGCGCUAGCAUUCACCGUAGAAGCGAUAUUGGCAGCAACAGUAAUAUAAACGAGAAUGAUGAUUAUGAACCUCUCCUUUACAAGUUGCUCCAUCCCGUCAUUGUCGGCUCAGCUCGCCUCCUUAACCGACGUGGAGAAACUUACUCUCAAGAAAAGAUUAAUAGAGGCAUGCUUGGAAGGCAGCAAAGCCUAGGGACUACUGUUGCUACUGUUAAUGCUGAUGAUUCCCAAGCAACGCUUCGAUUCCCAUCUACGGUAGCGAUGGCAGAUCAAGGAACAGCCGAAUAUUUAUUCCAAAUGCUUCUUGGCCCUGCUUCUCUUAUGCAUCCCCCAGAGGCCCUCAAACAUCUCAAAGAAACAGCAGUUCAUAGCACUACAGCUACGGGCAAAGCGGGUCAACAAGGAGGUAGUAAUGUGAUUACUGAUUUCAUGGUCAGUAUUUCGCCUUCAAUUGGAGAUGCAUCUCCUCCUUCAGGGUCAAAGCACUUGGCCUUGUCCAAGCCUGUCUUUGGAGCUAUUGUCGGUAUCCUCUCAGCAACGGUUUGUGGCCUGAUUUUAAUGUAUGUUGUUCGACCAUUGGUGCUUCGCCGUCGUAACGCUGGAAAGAGCAAAGCUGACUCCUCCGGCGAACAUGGAUCAGCAGCGCUUUAUUCGCAUACUGAUGGGAGGGAUAGCACCGACAGUGGCGACGGAGCUGGCAGUAGUAGUAAUUCAAACGGCUACCGCCAUCAUGGCUUUCAGGAUAGAGCAAUAACAGCAAUGCCCAAGGAGAAAUGUAACAUGGGGGAUAAUAACAUUCACACAGCACGAGGUGGGUAUGAACAAGAGCAUGAAGAAGGGCAUGGGUACGAGCAUGGUAGUUGGAAGCCAGCGGCGAGCACUAGGUUUAAUGAUGAUCAUAUACAAAUUGACAUCUCUGAAGAAAAAUAUGGUCAUGCUCCAGAGGGGAAGAAUAGGAACUUAACACCUAUUUCAUACGGCUAUGAUGAGGUAUUCAAUCAGCAACAACACCGACAGAGUAAUGAGCCUCAAAGAGAUUUGAUCCAGCGUGAGGAUACUACACAUCAUCAUCUCAACCGAUUGCUGCAGCGAGAUCUAAGUGAUACAACGUAUCUGUCAGGAUCGCAGCCAGAGCCAAAUGUUGCUACCGUCACUGCUGCUACGACGACUAGCCCUACUCCUAACUGGGACAUUGUUGCUCCAUCGCCUUUUGGAGAAGCAAAGCAACAACCUGAAAUAAAUACUACUGAUACUUCAUUUGAUUCAAGGGUGCAACAGCGGCAGCACCAACACCAUCAUUAUUCACGUUCUACAGAUGAUGGAACCCCUAUUGCUGCUAGAAACCGCAAUGGGAGUGAUCUUUUUCAUUUAAGCAAUGGGCAACAUAGCAGAGACAGUAAAGACCUCCCUCGCUCGUCCUCUAGCCGACAAUUGCCCACAGUUGACACCGCUAGAGCCUCAUUUUCCACCUCAGCAGUGAGGGAAGGUGGACUUGCCACUGCUCUGAGGCGGAGUAUGGAUGCCUCGCGACCUUCAUUAUCCUCUCCUGCCCCUGGUUAUACGUCCACUGCUGCAAUCCUUGACUCUACCCCAGCGAUCAUUUCAUUGACAGGGAAUACGGCAAUGACUACCACAGGCAACACUAACGCUAUCACAGCAAGCGUAUCGCCAGUAGUCCCACGCUCCUCAUUCUCGAGUGAUGCUAAUGAUCGUCUUUCCUUUUCGUCCCCUCGAAGGAGUACAGACUCUUAUCGGUAUGAUUUUGAGAACCAGUCUAAUGAGAUCGCAUCUACGAGCUUAGCGUAUGGUCAUGGUAAUGGGCAAUACCCCUCGCAGAAUGUUGUUAAGCGUAAUAAUCGACAAACCGUGCCCAAGGCCUCGUUCGUAGACGAUCAUACACGACCACGUCUUUCAUUAGAUGCUUUACCAAGACCCAAGGCUGUCAAACAAUAA